AAACAACUCCAAAUUCUAAAGAAAUAGUAUUGUCGGUAGAAGAUCUUAAAGAAAUCAUUAUUAAAAUUCAAAAAAUAAUAAUUAAAUUAGAUAAUAAAAGGAGCAUUACAAUUGAAGAUAUGAAAAAAUAUCUGAAUGAACAUAAAUCAAGAAAAUCUAGCCCAUUAACUAUCAUGGCACCCUACAAACUUCUAUGACUAGUAUUGACGAACAAAUUAAUAAAUUAAAUGAUUUACUAGCUGCAAUUACUAUUGAAUCGGAACCAGAGAUAGAAGAAAAUAUAGAAAAUGAUAAAAUAGUUCUUGACUAUAGUAGCGACGAAAACCCCUACAAAAAUUACACAAAUGCAAAUUACACAAAAACUGAAACUGAGGAUCAAGCUGAAACAUCACGAAAGCGUAAUUUUAAUGACUAUAAAGAUGGUCAACUAUUUUUUGAUGAAUAUUUAUAUAAAAACUCGUAUACACCUCGCAAAGGGGGAGGAUGGAGUAAAAUACAUCAAUCUUACAUACCAAAAUAUUCUACCACUAGUUUUAACAGUCCUGAUAUAUUAGAUCUUGAUUGUUGCAUCAAUCCAUUAAAAGAGUUAGAAGACUGGAAAAAUCGAACAGGAUUAUUAAUACAAACUAAUGAAGAUCUAAAGAAAUUACAUCUUAACGAAAUGUUUAAUUUCUUAAUAUGUAAAACAACUGGGGUAGUUUAUCACUAUCUCAACAACAUGGAUAUACCUACUAAGACAAUGUUAUAUGGAACAACGGAUGCGACGAAUACCUUUGAAAAAGUCUUAAAUGCAAUAACUCAUGAAUUCUUAAGACGACAUCCUCGAGAAGAUAAACCAAACACAACCAUAAGUCAACAAGCUAUUUGGCAUUUAACUAAUCUUAGAAUUUGCAACAUGUGCUUCUUAGAAUCAUUUAUUUGUGAAUUUAGAACACACUAUUAUCAAGUCACCCCUUCAAUAAGGAAAGAGCUAGAUAAAUUACUCUAUGCUAAAUUACCACCUAAUGUCUCUGAAAAAGUCGAAGCUAUCUUUAAUGAAUCUUUGACGAAAGAAGAAAUACCAGAUACAUUAGGAGGACGAAUAUUAGUUUUACAAGAAUGGCAUAAACGAGCUUGUAAUAAGGAAAAACUAAAGAAACAAGCUAAAAUUAAAUAGAGAACUAAAGAAACAAGCUAAAAUUAAAAUCUGUUGUGAAGAAACAAUCGACGGAGUCGGAAAAUAUGGGUGUAAUAAUAAUCGUAAGAUUAUUAAAACUCGAAAAAAAUAUAGAAAUUAUAAAAAAUGAAGAAAAAUACCUAAUAAAGAAUAUAGAAAAAAUAGGUUUAGAAAACCAAAUAAAUAUUUCAGAAAUAGAAAACAAUUUAAACAAAAAUCAAAAUAAUAAGAAUAUUUUCCUAAGGGAAAAACAAAUUGUAGAUGUUGGUUAUAUAACGAAGAAGGACAUUACGCAAAUAAAUGUCCUAAGAAAAAUACUAACACUAGAAAGCAAGAAGUCCUUAGAUUGGCGUACGAUUGUGGUCUUGAACCAAUUGAAGAAAUAGAUUUUGAACUUUUCGAUAUAGAAAUUAUUGAAUAUAUUUCAACCCCAGAGACCUCUUCAGAUGAGUCAGAAGAAGGUAUUAACUAAAGGAAAUCCUAAUGCAACAUUUAUUAAAAUAGAAAAGAAAAAAAAUUUAGCAUACAUUGAUACAGGGCAACCUUAUGUUUUGCCAAAAAAUCAACUAUAAAAAAUGGGAUAAACUUGAAAAACCUUUAAAAGUUAUAGUAGUAGAUAAAUCUAUCCAUGAAAUCUGGUAUGUAAAACAAUAUGUACCAAUAAUCAUUGAAAAACAUAUCUUUACAGCUAAAACAAUCUAUCAACAUGACUCAGGACUAGAUAAUAAUAGGAAACAACUUUCUAAAAUUAUAUCAACCGUUUAUCCAAAGGAUUAGAACAAUCAGUCUUAGAUGUCCUAAAACAAUAAAUCAGGAAUCUAAGAUAAUCACAACCAGAAUAAUCACGAAAAAUGAAGUGCUAAAGAUUAUACUUUAAAACCUCAAAAAUAGACUAGAAUAUAUACAGAUUACCUAUAGCAUUCUAGAGGAUACAUUAGACCAGGUGUGUAGUGAACAUCCUUUAGAUAAAGAUAAAAUCAUAAAAAUACCAAUCAGGAUUGAAAUUAAACUAAAGGAUCCUAAAACGGAAGUUAAUGUCCCUAACAAAACUCAAUAUACUCAACGAGAUGUAGAAGAAUUCCAAAAGGAAUGUUCAGAGUUAGUUGAAAAAUGUAUAAUACGAGAAAGUAAAAGUCCUCACAGUGCACCAGCCUUUUAUGUGGAAAAUAAUAAUGAAAUCAAAAGAGGAAAAAGAAGAAUGGUAAUAAACUAUAAAAAACUAAACGAACAAACAAUAGGAGAUAGCUAUAAAUUACCUAGGAAAGACUAUAUAUUAGAAAGAUUAAAAGGUCAAACGUGGUUUAGUAGUUUAGAUGCUAAAUCAGGAUAUUGGCAACUUCGUCUACAUGAGAUACCAAACCUUUAACAGCCUUUUCAUGUCCACCACAAAAACAUUACGAAUGGAAUGUUCUCCCAUUUGGAAUGAAGCAAGCACCAGCUAUCUACCAACGAUUUAUGGAUCAUGUCUUAGAAGGUUUUCAAUAGUUUUGUCUAGCAUACAUUGAUGAUAUUAUUAUUUUCACUAAUCAAUCAGAGGAAGAUCAUCGUGAAAAAAUCUUGAUAGUUCUACAGAGAAUAAAAGAAAAAGGUAUAAUUAUUUCUAAGUAAAAAUCAAAACUUCUUCAGAGGGAAAUUGAAUAUCUUGGUAUGAAGAUUAAUAAUUUCGGCAAAAUUGAGUUGUCACCAAACAAUAAAGAAAAAAUCAAUAAAUUCCCAAACCAACUUGAAAAUAGAAAAUAAAUUCAACGUUUUCUUGGAUGCUUAAAUUAUAUCAGUGAACAAGGAUUUUUAAAAGAUUUAGUAAAAGAAAGAAAACAUUUACAGAAAAAGAUUUCUGACAAAAUACCUUGGUCAUGGAAUAAUCAAGAUACAAAAAUAGUUUUAUUAAUGAAGGAAAAAUGUCAGCAUUUACCAAAAUUAUAUAACCCAUGUGAAAACAAUUUUCUAAUAAUUCAAACGGACGCCUCUAAAGACACUUGGGCAGGGUGCAUGUUAGCAAUACAAAAUGGCAAGGAAUUAUUACAAAUGGACAAUUUUGGAAAUGUCAAAAUUGAAAAUAACGAGGCUACUGUCUCUGGCCAAAAGCCUAAAGAUUAUCAGUCUUCGGACAAUAUUAUUGAACUUUCAAGUUCUCAAUUAUCAGUUCCUUUCAACAGUGAUAAAUAUUCUAAGAAAUUAUGCAAAUAUAUUUCUGGAACAUUUACCGCCACUGAGCAAAACUAUCCGAUUCACGAAUUAGAGACACUAGCCUGUCUCAGAACAUUGAAAAAAUGGAAGCUUGAAUUAUUAUCUACAAGGUUUGAACUUCAAACCGACUCUAAAUAUGUAACAGGUUUUUGGAGGUACAAGCUACAGGCAGAUUUCAACAAAGGAAGAUUAAUCAGGUGGCAACAACAACUCCAUUAUUACAAUCCUUAUCUGAAGUAUAUCAAGUCCAGCAACAAUCCAUUCACCGACACACUAACUCGAGAAUGGAAGGAUUUAUAAAGACCCUCAUUAAUCAGCUAAAGCAGAAGCAGGAAAAGAGUGCAGCAUUGGAACAACAACUUCUCCUUUACAGGGGGGAGGAAGAAGCAAUAAUUCAAUCAAUCGAUGUUAUUCAGCAACAGUUAAAAAUCAACUACAUCGACGUUAGUACACUAUCAAUUAGCUCUGCUAAUGGACAGCCAUCAACAACCACCACAGAACUUGCUCAAUCAUCCACUACUACCAAUAAUAAUACACAAAAGACAACACGAUGGGCAGACAUCGUUGAACAAGAAGAAAAAGAAGCAAGAGAUUCCCACUACGAAAAAGACGACAGAAAAGGCAGCAAGUGGUAUGUCAUAUUCAAUGGACCAUAUCGAGGAGUAUAUCACAACUGGGUUAUCGCUAGCCAGCACAUCAAUGGCAAACCAGUCCAACAUCAGUCAUUUAAAACAAAAGAAGCAGCCGAAGAAGCAUUUAGGCAGUCAUACAAAGUGAUGGCAAUGAAAGAACAAGUCAAGAAUCAAGAGCAACAAUCGCAGAAACUUAUCAUGAAGAUACCUAGUAUCAUGAGUAUCCCAACCACCAAAGAAAAAGAAGAACAAUUGAAACCAGUCUUUCAAAAGUUCGUAUCCAACUGGGAUAUGAUAAUCAACUACGAAGAAAAACACACAACCAUGGGUUUUUAUCCCGUCAGUCGAGGAGGACCAAAGGCAGUAAUCACAGAAGAAGCAUCACCAGAACUCUCUUAUGAAUUCCAUCAGUAUGGAUUAAUCGACACUAUCUACACUACAACCAUGAAAGUAUUUGAAUACUUUCCACAAAAAAUGAGGAACGUGAUUAGAAGAUAUCUUGAGCUUUUCGCAAAGGAGCGAGAAAUAUUUCUCAAGUAUACAAGCAGCUACCCCAUAUUUGUUGAAGACAAGCUAUUGGUCGGAUCAAAGGCAGUUAUCCUUAUGGGAGUAUCAAACCAUGAUUAUCCUACCAGAGAUGACCUACGAGACUAUGAGAAGAACUAGGGGUGGGCAACGGGUAUUUUGGUAUACCCAAAUUCGUCCCCCUUUUUUUAGGGUUACGGGUACCCAAAUACCCGUUAUAUUUGUUGCGGGAUGGGAUUUGUGAUCAAGAAUCUCAACUUUGGGUACCCGGGGUUUCCCGGUAAUACCCGUUUGGGUACCCGUAUUACCCAUUAGAAUUAUUAAAUUCGUUAGGACAAAUCUAAAACCCAGCCAAACCCAGUCACAGUCCAACCUAUUUCCUAAACCUAACCAGGCCGCCAGGGGCCAGGCCCUCUCUCUUACCUCUCCCCUCACUUGUCCCUCGACGACCACUCUCCUCUCCAAUUUAUUCCUUGUCAUCUUAAUUUUGGGAGGCAACAGUGGACUAGAAACAGUAGCUUAAUGUGACAAUUUCAUUUCAUGUAAUCAUGUUGGCAGUGGGUUCUUAAGGGACAAUAACCUUAAUUUUCAUGUUGUUAUUAUGGAGACAAUAGCUUUCUUUAUCUUUUCAUGUUGCAACUGGGUGAUUAAGGGAAUAUGGGACAAUAUUCUUCAUUUUUAUGUUGUUAUUACGGAGACAACAACUUUCUUUUCAUGUUGGAUAAUUUAUUUGAAGUGUAAUUUUAAUAUUUUGUUCAAUGUGAUUUAGUAAUUGUUCUCAUAUUGAACGGGUAUAAACGGGUAGUUCGGGUACCCGUUAUCCAUCCCGUAUAAAUUAAUGGGUACCCGUUUCCCGUUGGAGUUCGGGAUUUGGAUGAACUUUGGUCUCCAAAUGGGAUUGGGUACCCGUUUCAAACGGGACGGGUACCCAAUCUCUUCCCGUUUUCCACCCCUAAGAAGAACCCAGACUAGCAAGUAAAGGGUCUUCUAGCAGUAUGCAGAGCAUUAACCAAGAUUGAACCAGAAAGUCAGAUCAAGGUCAAUUACAGCAGCCUCGAUGCCAUCAUCACCAGUAAAACUAGAGGAAAUAUGAACAAGGAAGAAUGGACAAUUAUAACAGAUAAAACUAAAGAAUUCACUGAAAUUAAUGGAAAUCUAUCAGCUCUUCCUAUCCAAAUUAAGAAACAGUUGUGCAACGCACUUACUAUCUAUGAGGACCACUUCUGUGAAUGGUGUGCAUCAACUGACGAAGACAUCAAUGGACCAGUAGAUCAAGACUGAAAGAAGCAUGUGAAGAAAGAGGAAUCAAACAAAUAUGGGAUAAAACGACAAGAGAAGGUUGGCCGACUCCUUUAAAAAAGUCGUGCAUUAUUGUAUUUUAUCAGCUUUUCUUAUCGUUUCACGCACUUUCUUUUGACGUGUUAGCUUUACGUCUUUGUCUAACAUACGUAAGCAAUUACGUCUUUGUAUUCCCUCUCAGCUCUAUAUAAGAGCAAGAGUUUGCAAUGAAAUAAGGCAGAACGAGUUUGGCCAUAAAAGUUGCAUGUUUACUCUCUCCCUCUAGCUAGCUAGUUGUAAGGCUUGGAUCCACUGAUCCUGAAGGCCACAAUCAUCUUCAACAUAAUCAAACGCACGAAGAGAAGCUACAAUCAUCAAGCAAUCAUCAAAAAACUCAGAGUUUCAUCAGAAGAACAAGUCAGGUAUGUCCAGUAAUCCUACUUCAAGUUAUUUUGACUAUUUAAACAAAAACGAUAAUGAAAAUUACUUCUUAGAUGGUGUUAUAGACGUUAAGAAAAUUAGAGAAAAAAACUAAUUUUACUAUUUCAGAAACUAAAAACUUUAUCACUAAGUCUUUUUUAUCAAAACUCUUUGAUAGAGAAAACAUUAUUAAAUGCGGUAAAAUGAUAGGAGAAGUAGCAGUCCCUAUUGAUCAAACUAAGGGCAAUUUUCUAAUCCAAGUAAUAAACAAAGAACAAAUUAGAAAAAGAUUAGAUAAACUAAGAUAAGAAGAACGACAUAAAAUAUCUUAUAUUCAUAUUAGUACAAUUCAAAUUAUACUAAAAUCAACCAUGAAAAUAGGAAUUGACGCACCCAUGGAAUUAGAAAUUUGUGAUAAUAGACUCAUUAAUGAAGAAGAGAGUAUUAUUGCCAAAGGAACGGGAAAUUUAGGAGUAUGGAUAAUUAAAUUUGAUAUUAACCUACAACAAGGACUGAGUCUGGCAGAUGGUAACCUUGACUCUUCUAUCAUUAUAAAAUACGAAUUAAAAAGAGAAAAUUUUAUGAAAGAAAAUAGCAAACCAUUUUCCGUAACUUAUCAAAUAAACUACGCAUUAACAAAUAGUCACCACAGCUUAACCUUCAAAAAUAAAGAAGUAAUUACUAUAGAAGAUUUAUUUAAACCUUUAAUUCAAUUAGAAGCACCACUAAAGACCGUUAAAAUAGAACCUAGUCGACCAUCGAUAACUCAAGAUCAAAGACGAAUAAUUAAAACACAAUCAGAGAGAAUUAGGCAUAUCCCAGUAAUUGAACAAAAUUUAGAACAAGAAGAGAUAACCAAUAAUCAAGUAAAUAAAUUAAUUAGAUAACCAAUAAUCAAGUAAUAAAUAAGUUGGAAAAAUUGCAACAUUCAAUAGCAAAUCUAGAGAAUAAAAUCUAAUAUCUAUAAAUAUGCCUACUAACUAUCAUAUAAAUAAAUUAAUUGAAGGAAUAGAUGCUAUAAAUAUCACUUCAAUACAUUAUAUCAGUAUGGUCACACAAGAACUAACUUAUUUUGCUUCAGAAAUCGUAGAAGAACAAAUGAGUAUUGGAACCACAGAAACAUUAGAAGAAGCUAUCUCCAAAACCGAAUUAAUUACUGAUAUAAUAACUAGCCUAAAUAUAAUAAAACAAAGAUUACUAAAUCAGUAAGACAUUUUUUUAAUAAAUUAAGAGCAGUUAACAUGGUAUCAGAGCCAGCCGAACCGAUCAGCUACUCUCAUCCUCUCACAUUCCCGAAUCAAAUCAUUCCUAUCCGUUCGAUCUUGACUUACUCACGUGGACACCUAUCUGUCCCUGUUAGUAUAUACUAACAAAAGACCUAGUUAGCAGCUUAGCUAGGUUGCAACAAUUCAGUUAGUUCAUAAACUUAUAAGGUUGUUGCGGAUUGGAUCUGAUCCUUAAGCCUCAUUGUUUAAGAAGGUUCUUAAACCAUUUUUAUUGGCUGAUACUAGAUUAGGUAGUUAAUGAGGGGUUGGUAGUAAAUAGUUUUUUUUUUUUGCAUUAUCGGGAGGCCGAGGCCGAGAAAGAGAGAGUUACAUAGAGUUAAAAGGAAGAGGGGUUAGUAGUUAAUAGUUAGUUGGAAUAAAUAAGAUAUUAUGAAAAUAUAAUUAAUAUUACUCAUUAAUGAUUCUCUUUCUCUCUCUCCCUUGAUCUUCUCCAUAAUCCUCUCUCUCCACUACAAUUAAAAGGAAAUUCAAAAUUAAUUUAAUUAAAUAUUAUUAUUUAAUAUUUAAUAAAUUCGAACUUAAUAUUUUUCAUUUUUAAAAUGAAAAUUGAAAUUAAAAAUAUAUGCUCUCUCUCACUUCGUGGCAACUUGCAAUACAGUAUUAACAUUUUGCAAUGACAUUAUCAACAUUUAUGAAAUGAAUCGUUAUUAUUAUAUCUCAUCGUUAUUAACGGCUUCAAUAUACUUAUCAAUUCCUUACAAUUACAUUAUUAACAAUUUUGGAUCAAUUGUUACUGUUUUAUAGUUUCGUCAUCAACGCCUAUGAAUGAAUCAUUAAAGUUAUGUAACAUAGUCAUUAAUAGUUUGAAUAACAAUAUCAUUGAUUUACAUCUUUAGUACUAAUGAUUCACCUUUUCACAUCAUGUUUAUAACUAUCUAGUCAUGGCCUCUUCCAAUGAUUUCUAAUGACAUUAUUAACGUUUUAUGAUCAAUUAAUAUUGCUUUACAUUAUCAUUCUCAAUGAUCAUAAAGCACAAUACUAAUUUUCAACAUCUUGGGUACUUGUGACAUAGUGCACCUGUGUGAUUCAGUCAAACAAACAUUGUCCAGAAAAAUAUUAGCUCAAGCAAACCAACAUUCACGCCUCAACACCAAACUUUUAAUAACAGUACAAUAAAUCAUUGAUAACGAAAAGUAUUUCGUUGAAAAUAAACACAAAACAUUAAUGUAAAAAUGUCUGACUUCAACAUUUUAAAUGACAUCAAAAUUUUAAUAAAGAUAUUAAAAACCAUUAAUAUCGAAUCAUCAAGUCACUGAUAAGGAAAUAGAUUUUUGUAAUAUAAAAAUAUUAAUAAUAUUCAGAUGCAAUGUUUAAUGUCAAAUAGCACUAAAAACACAUUAAUACGUAACAUGUGUUUAAUGGAUAAUGCUUCCAAAAACUUUGAUAAUGAUAGCAACUAAUGAUUGUUAAAUACCUUAUUAGAUAUUAUUAAUAUCUUAUUUUCAAACAUUGAUAAUGCUUAUACACGCCUAUUAAUGACACCAAACUACGUUACUAACUUAGACUGAAAGAUUAAUAACCAUAGUUAUAUCAUUAAACGUAAAUUUACUUUUGAUAAUGUCAUAAACAAAUGAAUAUCUAACAAAUAUGCUUCUUGAUAAUGACAUUUGACAAAGUUACAAACAUAAAAGAUAAAAAUAUUAAUACUUCAAAUCACUAAACAUAAGCAAUCUUACAAAUGAAUUAAAUUUUUGCUAAUGGUUGUAUUGUGCUUGGAAAAAAAUAUUGAUAAUAACACUUCAAAUGAUUAUAAAUCAUUGCGAACCAAAUUAAUAAUACGAUGUAAUAGUAAAUAAACUUCAAAUACAAACAAAUUGAAAACACAAUUUCACUUUUACUAAUGUUACAAACAAACAUAACAUAAAAAGUUAAUAAUGUCAUAUAAAAUUAUUAAAAAACAUGUCGAACAACAUUAAUAAUAACACAAACGAAUACCUAACAACGAAAAAUCUCAAACCCAUGCAAUGAAAAGCCCUAAUGAUGAUUCAAUUAUAUAUAUUGAUAAUGUCAUUACAAAAUGUUAAUACUUAAUACUAAUCGGAAGUUGCCAAGAUGUGAGAGAGGCAUAUAUUUUAAAUUUCAAAUUUCCAUUUUAGAAAAAGAAAAUUAUUAAAUUCAUAUUUUAUUAAAUAUUAAAUAAAAUUAAUUUCAUAUCUCUUUUAAUUAUAAUGUAGAGAGAGGAUUAUGGAGAAAAUCAUGGGAGGAGAGAGAAAGAGAAUCAUUAAUUAAUUAUAUUAAUUUAAUUAUAUUUGCAUAACCCUAUUUACCCUUAACUACCUAUUAACUACUAACCCCCAUUAACUACCUAAUCCAUUAUCAGCCAAUAGGAAGGCUUUAAGAUUUUCCUUAAGAAAUGAGGCUUAAGGACUUGAACUCAAGCCAGGUUGUAGGAUGGUUUGGAGUUCGGAAAAAGGAUUUUUUUUCUUUUGGUGGAGAACGCUUAAACUUUGAGACCGUCGGUUGUCAAUCCAUGUCACCCUCGAAACGGAUUUGAGAGAUGAAAGAUUGAUGAUGAAUCUUUGAUAAUAGGAUGUGCAUGUGGUAAACUAGAAAGUGUGAGCAAGUCGGAGAAUGACGUACAGUAAAGUGCAACUGAUAUUCUAUGUCCAUUUUUCCACCAUCUUCCAGUGAAAUUUAUUAGUCACGUUAGAUAUUGUGUCAUAGUUGUGUCAUCUUGUAACAAGAUGAUGAUCCAUAAUUCGGUCAAUUCAAAAAACUUACAAGGUUGUAGGGUGGUUUGGAGCUUGGAUAUGAAAAUUUUUCUUAUCACAGAUAAUCCUUAAACUUUUGAGAUUGUCGGUUGUCAAUUCAGGUGAGUGUGGAAACGGAUUUGAUAGAUGAAAGAUAGAUCAUGAAUCUUUAUAAUGGGAUGUGCAUGUAGUACGCGAGAAAGCGUGAGCAAGUCGAACGGAGGAGGACGUACAACACUACGAUUGAUAUUCCAUAUUCAUCUAUUCAUCAUCUUCCAAUGACAAUUAUUGGUCUAAGUUAGAUUUUACAGAUCAACUUAGACAUUACAUCAUACUCAUGUCAUCUCGUGACAAGAAAGGACAUUACAUGUAUCAUGCACAGCGAUGAGACGAGGGAAAGUUUGUUGGUCAUGUUACACAUAGAGUCAUAGCCAUGUCCAUUUGGGGACAAGAAAUGACAUCCCUAUGUAUCAUGCUAACUCAUUUCCCAUCAUUUUCGUUGUUUAGGUUGGGCAUAGCACCACAGAUUUCCUGGCUACAAGUCGUUAGUAAAUCUGAGACAAUGAU